AAAGUGGAGUCCUUAUGGGUCCCUGCAACGUCAAACUCCUGAGCAGCUGCAUUCCUCCUGCCUCAGUCUCCUGAGUUUCUGGAGCUACAAUGACAUCCUCCCAUGCCUUGGUUGAAGAAUGGAAGAAGGACAAAAGUAAAGAAGUGGAAAUAUCAAAAAGCCUGUGUGAUGGUGAUGCUGAUGACAGUGACAGUGAGGCAUCAAUUCCACAAAAAAAGAGUGGAAAAGUUGGCAACCAGCAUUUUGCUAGGAAAGAGAAUGAAGAGUCCGAUAGUGGUCCUGUCUUGCCCAUGAAGGAAGUAAGGAAAAACAAAAAGGAAAAAUGGAACUCAAAAGAAUCUGAGAUGACACCAGUGCUUGAGGAGGAUAACUUGCUAACUAGUGAUCUGCUCCAAAGGAAUGAUGACUGCAGGUUAAGUGAAGGAAGAUUAUCCUUAGAAGAAGCAAAAGAGAAGAGAACAAACGCUGACAUAGUCUGUGACAAACUGAGGGGAAAGUUAAGAACAAUGAAAAAGCAGUAUAUGAAAGAAGUUAAACUCAACCAACAGCUCGAACAGACUCUGAGAGCACAAGAUGUGGAAGUGAAGAGUCUCCAAAAUAUUUUGAAUGAGAGCGACAAAAAAGAAAAAGAUCUGUUGUGUGAAAAUCGCCUGCUGCAGGAUGAAAUUGCCAGGCUAAGAAUGGAAGUGGACACUAUAAAAACACAGACUCAGGAACAGAAACCGGAAUCUUCAGAGGACAUCGAAACUAUAAAAUACCUUCGUAACAGCAUAAAACUGAAGAGGGAAAGAUUAGCAGAAAUAAUCUCUGACCACAGCAGACAGCUCAGGAUGCUCAGUUCAGAGAACACGCUGCUGAAGUCUGAACUGGAUUUUGAGAAACGAGAGAAGGAAAAACUGAAAACUGAAGUCCAGUCAAACCUUCACGAACUGUCUGCUGUUCUAAGUGAUCUCCACCGAAGCCAGAAGUCACAAAAGGACUUGGAGUUCGCCUACCAGAAAGAAAGAGAUGAGUGGUCUGUUGUAAAAGAAAAUAUGACAUCUUACUCGAAUAUUCUCUUCCAAAAACUUGUUGAAGCUGAAAGAAAAUUCAACAGCCUAGAAGUUGAGCUCUGUAACACAAAAGAUAUUCUCAGUCAAAAGACUUUGGCCUUAGAAGGUGUGCAAAGAGAUCUCAGCCAAGCAGUGUGUGAAAAGAAGGAAAUGGAGCUAAAGUAUCACAAUGAACAACGUAAAAUGCAUACAUACCUUGCAGAGGAGGAACUGGCAGAGGAGCCAUUAGCUCAGCUGCGAAGCAGAAAUACGGAGCUUCAGCAGCAACUCAGUCAUGCUCAGGACAAAGCUGAUAAUAAAGAAAAAACCAUGAUGGCUAUGCAGACCCAAUUUCGGGCUUCUGUAAAACAACUUCAAGCUGAGAGUAAAUGCCAAAGACUUCUGCUAGAAGCAAGAAAUAAAGAGUUAACCAAUAAAUGCAGUCAUUUAAAAGAAAAGCAGAAGCGAUAUAAAACAGAAAGGGCAGAAAGAGAAUUGCAAGAAGCACAGGGUCAACGCACAGCAACCAUGAGAUGGCCUACAAUGGACAACUACAUGAAAAAGCUUGAAGAAGAAAAUUUCAAUUUAAAAGUUAUCAUCGAAAACCAAGCACACAAAAUGGAGCAGCUCCAGGAGAACCUGUCAAGGGCAAGAUCCCUGCAAAUAUCAUUGCUGCAUCAGUUGACAGAGGCUAGAAGACUGGCUGGGAAGAUGGAAGACCACAUGCAAAUGCCUGACAUAGAAAAUUCCCAAUUAAAAGCUAGAAGCCAAAAGCAAGCAGAUCGACCUGAGCAGCUUCCACAUCUCCCAUCCAGCACAGGGUCGACACAAAUACCAGCUCUGGAAAACUUAGAGCAGCCAAGAAAGAAUCAAAUAGCUUCAAGGGGAAGUGAGAUGGAGCUCAGUGUUACUGAGAUGGAGCUCAGCAUUGCAGAUGCGGAGUCUGAACUCUCCAGCAUACUAGCGUCUGAAAAACUGGAAGAAUACCCACAAGUUCGCAUGAAAGAUUUACAAACCCUAAAAUGUUUGUCAACUAAAGUACGCCAACUUCGUGAGAAUCUAGCAGAGGUCAAGACACACUUGUCUGGGGUAAAACAGAUGGACAGAUCUUUGCACACAAUUCUUACCACAAGGCCAAUAAUGGAAGCAACUCCUAUUGAAAAUCCUAAUCGUGCUUCAGUUAUCCACAGAGAGCUCCCUACAGUGAAGAAAUGUGCAAUCUCUCCCUCAAAUCCUGAGACAUCUUCAAGUAGACUGGCGAAGUACGUGGCUCAGAUGCAGCAGGAGUUAGAAAAAAAUAUGAUUGGAAGACUUGAACAAGAUGAUUCUUAUUUGGAAACUGAAUGUUCUAUAACUUCUCUGGAAGCUACAGUGAAUUCAAGUCUAACAUCAGGACCUAGUUUACAAAGCCCUUGA